AUGCAGACUAUCAAAUGCGUGGUUGUCGGUGACGGCGCGGUUGGCAAAACCUGUCUCCUAAUCUCGUACACGACAAACAAAUUCCCGUCCGAUGUUCGACAAUUAGCGGUAACAGUGAUGAUCGGAGAAGACCCAUACACGCUCGGACUCUUCGACACAGCCGGCCAGGAGGACUACGACCGCUUGCGUCCACUGUCAUACCCGCAAACCGACGUUUUCCUUGUGUGUUUCUCGGUCAUUUCGCAGGCAUCCUUUGAGAACGUCAAGGAGAAGUGGUUUCCGGAGGUCCACCACCAUUGUCCCGGUGUGCCUUGCUUGAUUGUUGGAACUCAGGUGGAUUUGCGCGAGGACAGUGUGACAAAGGAGAGGUUGGCGAGGAAUAGGCAGCAUGUUAUCAACUAUGAUCAGGGAGAGAAGCUGUCGAGAGAACUUAAUGCUGUCAAGUACGUUGAGUGCUCGGCUUUGACCCAGAAGGGUUUGAAGAAUGUCUUUGAUGAGGCUAUUGUUGCUGCCCUGGAGCCGCCUGCUGUCAAGAAAAAGUCAAAGUGUCUGCUGCUCUAA